UCACAGAGGAAAAAAAAAUCGACUGAGGCACACAAUGCAGUUUCACUGUAGCGCUAUCCACCCAGGACUCACGAUAUUGCCAGCUUUCCAGCUCCCCUGAAAAAAACAUGUAUCUAUUCCUCUGAUUUUGACGAUCGGGAUUUAUUGCAGCGUUUUUACGAAUUCCCUUAAAGACCACACUCGAGAGAUAACGUUGAUUUGAGUUGCGCAAACAAGGAGAUAAUUGAACUUUCCCGGACUGAGUAGAUUAGACUGUGGGCCGCGGAGGAGGAGGAGGAGGAGGAGGCUGGCCUGCGUUACGGCCGCUGACACUCAAGCUGCAUGUCCGUGUAAAUCGAGCCCGAGGCUCCGGGGCCUACUCCACUGUCGUCUAAUGGAGAUCGUACCAAGCGAGCAGAAGCUUGGAGAGAACGAUCAGUCGCCUCGGCAUAUUUUGAGCGAUGAAACUCACAAUGUCUUGACUCUAAGACAUUAACGUGGAAGGAAAUAGUCUGACGUAUACAACAACCUGGUUUUAUGGAAAACGCAUCUUCGGUCAACCCUUGUCAGGCAGCAGUGUGCUGAUGACAUGCAUUCUUCAAUGGCCACAAAGCUGUAAGCAGACAGAUUAACUCCACUCUGAACUGGGGAACCUACAUUGGUCCAGGAGGCGUUGAUUUUCCUCAGUAUAAGUAAGGUCCCUCUGUGGACCAAGGUUCUAGUGCCUUUUGUACGGCUUGUGUAGGGUUCGCCUUGUAAUGGAUGGGCCAAGUCGAAGCGGAGGGUUGAGACAGAGCCGUCGCUCCCGUUCUCAGCGCGAUAGAGAACGGCGAAGGAGGAGAGCGGACAUCGGGGCCUCGUCACCUUCCUCGGGCUCAGAGCAAGAACGUUGCAGAGACUCCCUCCUUGGUGCUAGUGGUGGAGAAUGUCGGCCAGGCUUUCCUGGAGUCAGGCAACGACCUCCACGUCGGCGGAAGCGGGAAUCUGUGUCUUGUGAGGAAGACAUCAUCGAUGGAUUUGCCAUUGCCAGCUUUAUAAGUUUGGAGGCUUUGGAGAUGGAUUGUUCUCUGAAGCCGCCAGAGCGUGCUGGUAUGUUGAUGGGGAGAGGGAGCAAAAGAAAGAGAGGCCUGGAUGAGAAUGGAGGGCCACUCACAGAGCCAGAAGAAGGACCUCCAGCUACUUACACCACCAGUAGCUGGGAGAAGCGUAGAAAUGAGAAGAAAAAGAGAGAUUCCAAGGUAUCAGGAAACCUCAUGGAGACAGGAUACAUUUGUGAUGCAGAGAGUGAGUCGGGGGAUAAGGCUUCUGACAACGAUAUGGAACCUACAUUCGUUGUUAGUACUAGAGAAGUAUCCUCCAAUCAAGUGAGUAUUGCCUCUACUGUGAGCAAUGGCUGCGCCCUGUUGCCUUCAAACAGUGGGCCACCUCGUCUGUCAGUGACUCCACGAGUCUCUGGCCUGGAACGUAGUCAGGAGAGGAGUCUGGAGCUGCCAUACCCUGAAGCCACCACUACCUCAUCCUCGCUUCUGCUGCCCCGUUCUCCAGCCACUGUAUCCACCUCACUGGCUGAACAAAAUGGAAAUGCUGCUCCACACCACCGCCGUGAUUGCAGCCCACCACAACAUAAACCGAAACAGUUCCUUCCCUUUUCUAGCCGCUCACAAAAUCACUUUGGCAUGGCUAACAACAACAGGAACGGUACCUCAGUUAAGACUCCACCUUCAUCCACCUCUUCCUCUUCAAUUCGACCGCCCACUCCUUCUACUAGUGUGCCUGCAGGCCGAGGCCCAUCUGGUGUGCUGCGACCUUCAUCACACCCAAGCCCUAGUGCACUCUUCACCCCUCCGCCUGGUCUCCCUCCACCUCCUCCUCUUUUGCAGGUGUCACCUCGCUCUUCAGCAGAUCCUGAGCUGCUCCGCCAGGAGCUGAACCCGCACUUCCUUGAAGGCAGAGCCUCUGGGAACAGUGCUGGAGUUAAUGCUACCUCAGCAUCAGGUGGCUCCUCCGUUUCCUCCAGUUCUGGGACCUCCAGCAGGGCAGUGCAGGGCCAGCCCUCUAUCCCACCCAUGGCCUAUCAAUUCCAUCAGCACAACCAUCAACACCAGCACACCCACACCCACCAACACUUUCUGCACCCACCGGCUCCUGCUCCUCCAAUGUUUGAGAAAUUCACAGGCAAGAUCGAUGGUCUCUUUCGGCACCAAUUUUUUCCUCAGUACCCACCACCUGUGCCUGGAAUCCAGCCUGUACUUCCCCCCACUGGACCAUUUAGUUCUUUGCAAGGAGCCUUUCAACCUAAGCUUGUUGCCCUCCAGGGACCUGCUCCAGAUAUGCCUGCUCGUCUGGGAGUUGUACCUCCCCACCUCCAACCUAAAGACCCCAGGAUAACAGACCCUUUUGCUCCAUCACUAAAAGUCAGUAAUAAGCCUGGAAAAUGGUGUGCUAUGCAUGUGCGUGUGGCCUGGAUGAUUUUGAGGCAUCAGGAGAAAGUUAAGUUGAUGCAGGCAGAUCCUCAAAAGCUGGAAUUACGCAAUGACCUGCCACCCCGUCUCCCUGGCUCUGGUGGUAUUGGAGGAAUAGGCAACCUAGGAGCACUUGGAGGUCCUCUGCCACCAACCCAUGAUCUCACUAGACCUGGUAGUCUCUUUGCAGCUGCUAGUGGAGUCAAUCCAUCCUCCACUUCCUUCAUCCCUCCAUCAACGCCCCACUCCUCUUUCCUCACCCCAGCAACUCAUCUGGAUCCAUAUGGCCGCUCACCCCCCUUUCCACCAUUGGGAGCACUUGGUGCUGGUGCCUUUGGGGGACUAGGUAGCCCCUCACUGGGUGCUAGUUCAGUUUUUGGUCAUAAGGCGGAACCAUCUGCAAGUGCAGUAGGAGGAUUGGGCAACCCACACGAUCCAUGGAAUCGUAUACAUGUUGCCCCUCCUUACCCAUCAGGACCCUCUUGGGCCAAAGGACUGGAAAAAAGGGAUGACCGAGAUAGAGGGAAAGACAUGGGAGGAAGAGAACUGACUCAAAUAAAAGAUGAAAAAGACAGGUAUGACAGGGACAGUCUGCUUUAUGGUCGCCAACCCGUGCGAAUGUCCCCGGGUGCAGCGAAGCACCGCAGCAGCACUCCCAGCUCUCACAUGAAUGGACUUGGACCUUUAAACAUAGUUGCUGCUCAGUCUGAUGUGCAAAACAGAGACCGGGAACGUGAAAGGGAGCGAGAUCGAGAGUCAGACAAAAGACAUCAUUCAUCAUCCAGGGUACCAGCUUCAACCUCCUCAGCACCGGACAGGCCUCGUUCAUCCACGUCAUCUGUUCUCGCAACCCCUCCUCCAAAUGCACCUUCAGCAUCUUCCCCUCUGGACUUAUUUGGAAGACAGACACAUGCUCUCAACUCAGAACCCUCCCAUCCAGCCCAAAGAGAGAGUAGUGGUCCAGCUUCUUCCUCCUCAUCAGUCAGUUCACUUCCAGUCAAGAAGCCUGACCGGACAACUACUCCAGUUUCUAAGCCUCCCACUAGUCUCCCCCCUGGGCUGCUUCAUCCCCCAGUUAAAGUCAAGGAAGAAAGAAAGGAGGAGCCUGAGCCAGUGCCCAUCUCCCUAACACAUCCAUCCGUACCCACUCAUAGCUUUGAGAGGCCUAACAGUCGCCACACACACCAUCCUUCAACUCCGUCUUCAACUCUUUCGUUGACUCCCACCUCUGGAGUGCCUCUUCCUCCUCCUACUCCACACCCCACCCACCACCAUCUUCCACUUUUGGAUCGCUCUCGAUUAACCCUUGAGGCUUAUCUUAGUGGAGCUGGUGGACCAGCUGGACUAGUUGUAGGUCCUCCAGUGGAUCGAUUUGCAGCUCAUCCGCAUACACCACCUCAAGGACAUUCACAGGCUCCUCACAGCUUCCCCUGGGAUCCUUGGAGGGAACUUGCUGCUCAGCAACAGCAACAGCAGCGUAGAGAGAUCUUAGCCCAACGGUCAGAUCCCCAUCUUGCACUGCGCACUGAUCCGCACUUGUCCCGUCUACUUCAGCAUCAGCACGCUCGAUACCUAGAGGCAGAGAGAGCAGCUGCAGUAGCGGCAGCAGUGGCUGUUGGCCCCCAUCAUCAAGUGGGACCGACCCCCACUUCUUCAGCCUCAUCCUCUGCGACCCGGCCGGAGUUUGCAUUGAUGACUCCUUUUGAUCGCCCUCAUCAGGUUGGUGGUCAUGGAGGUGGGAUGCUGGACGAGGACCAGCGUACUUCAAUGUUCCGUGACUUUGAAAGAGUGCGAUAUUUUGGGAUGCAUUCACACCUUUCAACAGCUCACCUGCCCAGCCCAUCUCAUGCAGCCCACCUAGACCUAGACUUGUUGUCUCACACUCAGCUUCAUCCUCCAGGAGGCGCCACACCUUCACAUCACCCAAGCCUCUAUUCCCGCUUGGGCCCAUUGCAUCCACAUUCUCAUGUCCCCAAUGGAAUGCUCACCAAACCGCCCAGUCUAGUUCCACCCUUGUCAGUUGGGGCACCCCCUCCACUUAUUCCAUCUGCGACGAGGUCCUCUACUCCACCUCGCAGUUCCAGACUCGGUGGGGCUGGAGAUUUGGCCAUGUUCAGCUCACAUAAGGAUGGAGAGUCCAGAUAGUACUAAGAAGGGCUGGUGCAAGGGAUUUAUAGAUCUCAAACUGCAAAUCUAGAAGUAGAAGUUUAGGCAGGAUACUCCAAGCCUGCUGAAGCUACAGUGAUCAUACACGAGUGUUCAAAUUACCUGAGUGGAGGGCAGAGACACUUCAGAGGGCUGCUCAGUAUAUUUAUCCACUGUGGUUAUAUUGGUGCAAUUUAAGGUACUCUCCCCAACCCCCUCCAGUGCUUUUUCAUUUAUAUUUAGGAUUUUCUUAAAGAGGCCUGUGGAUGUUCAGAGACUAAAGGCAAUGUUCUGUAAUAUGAAAUAUAUACAUACAAGCCCUGCAGGGUUGUCUCCAAGCUGAUGGCUCCAAAGGUGUAUUCAGAGAAAAAGUCUGCAUUGUACUGCAUUUUCUGACAUGUAUUUCCCAUUUAUGAACUCAUGGCUUAAAAAAAAAAAGAAAAAAAAAGCCAGCUAUAGAGAUUGAAAUCUGCACAUGAAGAAAUGGAAAAUGGAGUCUGACAGCUUAAUUUGUGCUUUUCUGUUUGUCUAGUGUGUGCUCUGUCUAUAACUAGAUUGAAGAAACAGCACUGUUGGAAAAUGAACUUAAAGAAACACAUCGUCUGCUUUCUGCUCUCAAUGCAUCUACAGCAAAACCGUGAUCUAAGGCACAACUUCCAUGAACAUUACAAUGAACGUCUGCAGAUUUAUUUUAUUUUAAUCUUUAAAAAUAUUAUUAACUGUACAUCUUGUUUGAUAUUUUAAAAUUUAAAUGGAAAACAAACUUUCCCAUUUUCCUACAUUCUGACUCUACAUGAGCUGGAACAGAAUACAGUAGAAUAGUGAUAUUCCUUUUGUAAUUAUUAUUGUUAACAUUAAUUACCUUAUAUAAUAAACAUAUUCACUGUUUGUUA